CUAUAACGGCCGAGUGACGUCAGAUGAUGUUUUGUUGACAUUUGUGUUGCAGCAGAAAGUGGUUCUAAAAUCUUUGUCUUGGUGAUUCAAAACUGAAGUGACAGUACAUUCUUAUCCCGCAUUGUACACAACUGUUUUUAGCAAGAGCACACUAACGUGUCGGAAGGAAAGGAAUGAGCGAGGACCUAUAACAAACUGCAACUUCAAAGGCAGAAGCAGCAGCGUCAGAGAGGUAAGAAAACCAGCACAUGCUGUUCCUGUUGUGCCCAUGAGAUCGACAGGAGUCUGGGGAGUGUGCCAGGGAGAAUGUGAAGCACAAUGGCUAAUUUUGAAGCAUAUCAGGAGUACCAGCGGAUAGAGGACUUUGAGGAAGACUCGCCGCCCGGGGAAGAGGACUUACUAGUACAUGUACCAGAAGGCUUGAAAGAUUCAUGGCAUCAUAUCAAGAACCUAGAUAACUUCUUUACAAGAAUCUAUCACUUUCACCAGAAGAAUGGCUUUGCCUGUAUGAUGUUGACUGAGUUUUUUGAACUGGUACAGUUCUUGUUUGUGGUCACCUUUACCACUUUUCUAUUCAACUGUGUGGAGUAUGAUGUGCUUUUUGCUAACAAGGCAGUGAAUCACACAACACACAACCUCGGACCUCUGGACAGGAGCAAAGUUACACUGCCAGAUGCCAUCCUGCCCAGCCAACAGUGCACUAAGAGAAUUCAAGAAAAUGGUUGGAUCAUUUUCCUUCUGAUCAUGGCAGCUAUCUUCUGGAUUUAUCGGCUGAUCAAAGUGUUCUGCAACCUCCUAAGCUACUGGGAGAUCCGCCAGUUUUAUAUCAAGGCACUGAAAAUAACAAUGGAUGAGCUGUGUAAUUACAGCUGGCAGGAGGUACAGGACCGACUGAUCAGCCUGCAGCGAGAACAGCAGAUGUGCAUCCACAAGAAAGAGUUGACUGAGCUGGACAUCUACCACCGCAUUCUGCGCUUCAAAAACUACAUGGUAGCCAUGGUCAACAAAUCCCUCCUGCCUGUUAACCUCCAUGUGCCCUUGCUGGGGGACGUGGUCUUCCUCACACAGGGAUUAAAGUAUAAUUUUGAGCUCAUCUUCUUCUGGGGGCCUGGCUCCCUUUUCCAGAACAAGUGGAACCUCCACCCUAAGUACAAGCGAGCCGGGAACCGUCUGGAACUGGCCCAGCAGCUCAGCCACAUCAUCCUGCUGACAGGGCUGGCCAACCUCCUGCUGUGCCCCUUCAUUUUGGUGUGGCAGGUGUUAUAUGCAUUCUUUAGUUAUACAGAAAUCAUUAAGCGGGAGCCUGGCAGUUUGGGGGCACGGCGCUGGUCCCUUUAUGGGCGUCUAUAUCUGCGCCAUUUCAACGAACUGGACCAUGAACUGCACAGCCGCCUGGGCCGUGGUUACAAGCCUGUGUCCAAGUACAUGAACUCCUUCACCUCACCACUUCUCGCCGUUAUCGCCAAGAAUGUGGCCUUCUUCUCGGGCUCCGUCCUGGCCGUCUUGAUUACACUGACUGUGUAUGACGAGGAUGUGCUCACUGUUCAGCACAUCCUUACUGCUAUUACCAUUCUAGGUGUGGUCAUCACCAUUUCCAGGUCUUUCAUCCCUGAUGAGCACAUGGUGUGGUGCCCAGAGCAGCUCCUGCAGUAUGUGCUGGCUCACAUUCAUUACAUGCCUGACCACUGGAAGGGAAAUGCUAACAAAAGUGAGACUCGGGAUGAAAUGGCUCAGCUUUUUCAGUACAAAGCGGUUUUCAUCCUGGAGGAGCUGCUCAGUCCCAUCAUCACUCCCUUUAUUUUAAUUUUCUUCUUGCGGCGCAAGUCCCUGGAGAUAAUUGAUUUCUUCCGCAACUUUACCGUGGAGGUGGUAGGCGUGGGCGACAUCUGCUCCUUUGCUCAGAUGGACAUUCGCAAGCACGGGAACCCACAGUGGCUGUCUGAAGGCCAGACAGAAGCCUCAGUGUACCAGCAGGCCGAAAAUGGCAAGACAGAGCUAUCACUGAUGCACUUUACCAUCAAGAACCCUCACUGGCAGCCCCCCCAGGAGAGCUCCUUCUUCAUCAGCCACCUGAAGGAGAAGGUGCAGCAGGAUGCUGCUGGGGCCCCCCCUGCUCAGCACAUCCUGUCUGACACCCCUCUCUGCACCUCACUGCUGUCCAACGAGUCUGGCACCGCACCUGAAAACCUUUUAGCCAGUGUUCUGGCUCAUCCAGUCCUCACAGCUUCGGGGCUGCCCGGCAGAGAUCGACGUUUUGUUCCACCCAGCACCACUGCCUCCGCCGCUGCUAGUGUCCUGGCGUCCCUCUGCACCUCACACCUCCCCAGCCGGACACGGUCACACACCCUGCUGCCCUCCACUUACCCUGAGAGCCCCAUGUACCGCAGUGAAAGGACCAUCAUAGACGAAAGCAUGUCUGCAAGUGACUCCAGAAUACGGAGUGCCAACCACUCGGCUCUACAGUCAGAAUUUGCUUCUGCUGAAAUGAGUCUUCAUGCCAUUUACAUGCAUGAGGUCCACCAGCAAAGUUCCCAACCACAGCGGAUAUCAGGACUUUGGCAGGCACCAGUGCCAAUGAGAGAUCUAUCCAACAUGCCAGGUUCUCAGACACAGUAUAGUCAACCUGGAAGUCUCUCUGGACGCUCUCCAGUUCGCUUGGGAGAAUGGACGGAGGAGGAAGAGGAAGAGAUCAACCACGAAGCCCCACCACAACAUGAUACAGAGAUCAGGAGUUAAAAGUGCCUUAAAACACUACAGGUCUUAUGACUCAGAUAAUGGUGUGGCCUUAGAUCAUCUGUUCAAACCUCAUCAGUGUUUUGUGUGUUAGGCUGAAUAUUUUUGUGGAAAAUGCAAGGUUAUUAUCCUCAAUGUCUUCCAGUUACACAAGCUUGAAGAAUGAGUGACAGUAAGGAUACGUCUUCCAGGACAUUUUUGAUCGUUCUAGUUCAAUGUUGGAAUACCAACUUUAUUAAGAACUGCUGUUUGUGUACUUGGAGUGCUUAGUGUUGGUGUAACUCAGUUGGCCGGAUUUGUUUGGAAACAACGCAGAGAAAACAAAGACAUACUGUACAGGUAUAGGCAGACUAAGACUGAGAAAUAAAUGUAAGCAUUGCAUAUAUAUAUAGAACAUUUUAGUUUUCUUUUUAACAGAACUACUAACAUUGAAAAUGUAUAACUUAGGGAUGCUCCACAUGCAUUUCCGUUUCUGGAGCUCGAAAGCCAUCAGGUAUGUUUAGGACAGGUUCCAGUUGAAAUAGGACAUUUGAGGAAUUCUCAGUCUAAGCUGUCACUUAUUUGACACAAGGGAGUUUUGCUGCUGAGCACAGAGAUCAAGCAUCCCAAUGACUUCUAACUUUAACCAUAUAAACUGUCAUACAGUCAAGGGUUUUGUUCUAGACAGGUUUUACUUUUAUCUUUAAUGUUAUUUUUUCAUUACUGGUGUUACUUUUUAAGUUGUGUGUUGAUGAGUACAGGCUUUGUAAAGUUAAUUUUAUAUGCACUAAAAGCAAGCUGAUUUAACACUAAGCUGCUAAAACCUACCUGGAACAAAAAUCAUCAGAUUUUCAGUGUCCUGUUAGGCCAUCACAUGAAGAGAGUAUGCUCUUGAUUUUAUUGAGCUUUCUUUUCUGUCAAUAGCGAUACCACUUCAACUGAGGUACUUAAAAUUACAUUGGAGGUGUGAUGUUUCCUGCAAAGCAGUUCCAACAGAAACUUUUUUUUCCAUUUUCAAAUCAUGCAUUGUUUAUGGAAUGUAUUUAAAACCAUUAUGAAAAGAAAUAUUAAUUUCUUAAUAUGAAUAAUAUUAAUAUUAGUAUGUGUCUCUAAAUCUUAACCUUUAUUUAGAUUAUCGUUCAGAAAUGUGGUAUAUAGAAGGUUAUAUUUUAAGACCUCCAGUACUUGACAGAAUAUUUACAAAUGAUAAAGGUGCUUUAUUUAUUGCUGUACUCUAAAAAAAGUUUAAGCCUAUUCGAUGUUUCCAUUGCCUAUAGUGGAACAUGCACUUCCAUUGUGAAUAUUUUGUCUACCCCCCCCCCCCAAAGAAACAAAAUGUAUUUAUAAACGUUAAUGUAUGAUUAAAGACAUUUGUUUAGGAAAUUCUUUAUUAAAUUAUAAUACUAGUGUUACCUGAUCAAUUCUUUUGUUUUAUCAUUAAACUAUUAUGACACUU